UUAACACCAAAACAAAAAGAAGACGAACUUGAACUUUUUCUUUUACAACUUUUACAAGAAAAUUCAAUCGAAUGUAAUACAACAAGAACAGAUUAUUUUGUCAAUUCAAUAUUUACUUCUAUUGGUGAUAUAUUAGCAAAACAAGCAGAAGGUACUAUAGGAUUUUUUGUUACAAAUACUACUUAUUCUUUAAAUGCUCACAAUGAGACAAGUAAUUCGAAACAACAGAUUAUUCUUUGUCACAAAGAUAAUGUGAUCGAAAAAAUUAAAGCAACAAAAUUAAAAUUGGAAAAUGAAGAGUUACAAAAAAAUUCAUUUAAAUUAAAUAAUUUGGUAAUUAAAAAUCUUGAAAUCGAUUCUGAUGAAUCUACUGUAUAUUUGUUUGGUAUAAAAAUUGAUGGAAGAUGUAAAAUUAGAAAAAUGAGAAUUAAAUAUAGUAAUCAUAGAUAUAAGCCAUUUUAA